AUGUCGAAUGAAUGCAAAAGUGAAGAAAAUGCAGCGAAAUCGAGCGGCAGCGACUUGAUCAGUUGGGUUGAUCCUGUUGAGGCGGAGCGAGAAUCUAAAAUCCGGUCCGUGAAGAGGUUAUUGAAUCGACGACGGUCGUUGGAAGAUGUAGGAAAUGCGGGAAGAAGCUGCGCAGUAUAUGGCAACGUGGGAUAUUCAAAUUCCGACGUUGAACUGAGGAAACGAUACGAGAAAUCAGACGUUGUGACGCCUAGUGCCGUCGUUGCCCUGCACGAAGCUGGACCGUACCUUUCAGGCAUCCGAUGCGUUCAACGCAAUGGGGAUGAGAAAACGUCUCUUCACCACCGUCCUGCUUUCAGAUCCAGUUUUUCGGUGUCCAUCGAUGAGUAUCGCAGUGACAGUUCAUCAUCUUUGAAAGACAGUUGUCUUGCGAGCAAGUUGCUUCACGAUUUUGACCCAUUCUCGUCACUCGGGGACACUAAACAAAUACGUGCGGAUGCUGCGAUGGAAAAUUCAGGCGCUUCGUUUUCCCACAGCGACCCUAAAUUUGUGCUUAAAACGAACUGUAACAAUGACAAAGGCCCCCGUUAUAAAGAAGUUAAAAAGGUGCCUCCGCUAGAAGAUCCCGGAGUUUCCAUGUCGUUCGACCUUAAACCGAUGAGACUUAUCAAAUUCACCCCACAUUGGUUGGCGUCCCUUCAUAAUCUGGUCGAAAGCAUAAGAAACACGUCAUCGUCGGACCGUUUCCGCGGUCUGGUGAUCAGUCGCCGGUUGAAAGGCUUGAAAUUGUCGCUGUCGAGCGUCAAACUUUUGGUUUACGUCGACGAAGUGCCUGGGGACCCUCUGAAAUUUACUUGCGAUCCUUCGUCGACCGUUGAACAAGUCGUUAUGUGUAUUCUUUAUUCGCUGCCGUCUGAAAUGAAGACUCUGCCGUUGGACCAGUAUACGCUGAAGGUGUGUUCCAUAUGCAGAACUUUGUAG